AUGUCGACGGAUCAAGGUGGUUCAGCAUCAACAAACAACACUAAUGCAGCUUUUCAAGCUGGGCGUCCGAGUGCGGAUAGUCUUGGACACGGUUUUGAUAAUCAGAUGCAUAUGUUUACAAUGAAACCACAUCAAAAUCAACAACAACAACAUCAACAACAACAGGCUAUGGCAUCACCAGUCACAGGAACAAUUUAUACAGGUCCACCAGCGAAAUAUUUGAACAAUAACAACGGUUAUAUGAGACCGAUGUUAAAUCAACAAAAGCAUUCCGCUUACAAUGGCGCCUCGAUGCAUCAUCAUCAACAGCAACAACAACAACAACAACAACAGCAACAACGUCGACAGAAUAGCAAUGGAGUCGAUAAUGCAACGAAUGAUUCUGUCAAUAAAAGAAAAGUUUUUGUUGGUGGCUUAAGUCCAGAUACAAAGAUAGAACAUCUUCGUGACUAUUUUUCCAAUUUUGGUACUGUCGAAAGUGCAACUGUUAAAUACGAUAAAUUUGGCCGUUCAAAAGGCUUUGGUUUUGUUCUUUUCGACGAUCCGGACACACCUAACAAAGUUUAUACACAAGAAGCACAUAUUAUUCAAGGCAAACGUGUUGAUACGAAAUCUGCGCACCGUCGUGAUCAAGCAUUGGCGCGUAAAGUCUUUGUUGGCGGUUUAGAUCCUGAAGUAACUGAUACCGAAUUACGAGAAUAUUUUUCUCAAUUCGGAAAGAUCGCUCAAAUAGAAGCUCCCAUUGAUAAAAUCAAACAAAAGCGUCGUCCAUUUUGUUUCAUACUUUUCGAAAAUGAACAAAGUGCCGAAGAAGUCCUCAAGCAACCUCGACAUACAUUGAAGGGGAAAUCGAUCGAUUGUAAACAUGCCAAUCCAAAAAGUUUGGAAAAUAAUCAACAAACUAAUAACAUGAUGCAACAACAACAAGCAUUAGCGCAUUACAAUAUGCCAGGUUUAAAUCAAAAUCUAUUUCAAUACCAACCACAGCAACGUUCACAGCAACAAUUGCAAUAUCAACAAGUAGCAUUAGCUGCUCAGCAGCAACAUUAUCCAUUUUAUAAUCAACAAACGAACCAACAAGGUCAAAAUCGUUCACAAUCCAAUCGACAACAACUACAGACGAAUAAUCAACCAUGGUCACCAAUGAGUCCUGCUCAAUGGCAAAAUCCUAACUAUGCUGAUCCUCGUUCCUACGGUUCGUAUGGUCCAUCAUCAGCAUCAGCUUCUAAUGCAACUUGGCAAGUUGGUCCACAUCCACAAGGUAAUUCUUAUGGUCAAGGACGAUCUCAAUCGGGUAAUUCAAGCAAUAACCAAACUGCAAAUUCGAAUUCUGCCCAAUAUUCCUACCCGACAUGGAAUUUCAAUCAAGCACAAAACUCUCAAGGUCCAACGAACCAAUACAAUUACGGUGCGGACACAUCAACUGCUCCACCUAACGCAUUUGCAUACCAAGCGCCAACUGGCUACGAUCAUUUCUCGUCCGAGACGGCAGCUCCGCCCAAUUACAAUCGCCAAUAG